AAAAGACCUCAUUCUCACGUAGCUGGUUUGACCUUUGAUAGUCUACCACAUCCUGACCCACUUAUCAUCACCAGCAAUUUUUUUCCCCUAUCAUUUCAUUGCCUUCAUUUCAGGUCCAGCUUUUUCAACGUGAUGAUGUUCUUGUACCAUCCAGUUGUACUGAUUCUACUUGCAGCAACCUCAGGGAAUGCUGCCGGAACCUCUGGGCAGCCCAAGAAACCGAACCUCGAUUGCAAAGCCAAAGGCAAGCAGUAUCAAUUGGUCUGUUUUGAUAAGUCCAAGUUGUUCAUGCCCAAUGUGGCGGUGAUAGCUCCUAUAACCGAUCCUAAAACAAAAGCAAUUGUCUGCCCUCGGCCCGAUAAAGUGCUAUCUGCCUGUUGUGAUAUUAGUCGUCUAGAUGGACAGACUAUGGGUGGCAGUGGUUAUGAACUUAUGCGGCAGAAAGUUCGAUUGCAAUUUGCAGGUGCCUGUCCGGGGUUCAAAUUUCAUUUCUAGAGUAUCCAGAUGCUUAUAGAACCGGUUCUAUCGUACUCAGUUUCUUCAGCAGUUGUUAGCUAUUGCAACAAAUAUAAGUGUUGAUUUCACAAAAGUUGUUUUUCCAAGGCCCAGGCACCAUGUUACCAUAGAGGACC